CACCGCCCCAGGCAUCAUUUUUGCAACAUGUUAUUACGUUUAAUUAUUAGCAUAUAAGGUGCACGCCCCAUGACGCCGCUCCCUAUCAGGCCGCGCCUGUAUGGACUGUUCCUACCCUGCCGCUAUUCUCUUUGGGAUAUAGCUGUAAUCAUGGUGCUUCUGGUCAAAGCCGAUAGUGGAAGCGAUUUUUAUUGAAAGAUCUCAUGUUGCCCGACUGUUUUCGAGUACGCCGAAUCCGCAGUUUCCAGAGACUGUGGUUGGGCGGAGUGAUUUAUCGGUGCUCGGAUCUGUUUCGAUGGGCCACUUGGGUCUCCGUGUUCUAAUGGUGCCGUAACGGAUCGCAGCGAUGAUACAAUCACUGAUAUAGUCAGUGUUGGGUUCCAACUGCCCAUGAGGGGUGGUUGAGCAGCAACUUCUGCAGGCCUGUGACAGGGAAGACGGAUCCAGAUGCCAGACACCCCACAUAGAGAACAGAUGAAGGACUUUGGAUAAAGCGCUGACAACCCCUCCCCCCUCUCCACUCCGUGGUCUGUGCUAGGGUCUAAGCCGGGGGUAUGGGUAAAGCAUCCUACUGUGCUGCUAUUCUAAUAUGGCUAACGGUGACACUAAGGUUGCGCAAAUUGGUGUGGACAGUGAGUGUUUCAAUACGCUCUGUGUCUGACACCGCAGCGCUUAGUACUUGGUAUAAGCAGCGAUAGCAGUCACAGUACACAGCGGAUUGGUGCGCAAGAAUGUGCGAUAACAGUACCCCCUCCGCUACGACCAGUGGGCGGGACGCAACGGAGAGGGACGUGGAAGCCGGUACACACCGGAGGUGAGCGUGCGCUAUUCCAGUCCUGAACAGGGAGGUCGGAUGUGGGUUUCACGGCUUCGUUUGUUUACGCCUCCUGCCACAACAGGCUACAGUGUAUGUUUUCUGCCAGACAGCUGCUCUCGCCCCUCGGGGUCGCAACUGUUGCGUGUUAAACGAAUAGUUUCGGAGGAAGAGAAUCUUACUGAACGUUUGACGGAGAUGACAACUAAAUUUACACAGAGGGGGUACCCGAGUACACUACUUAAUCAGGAGGUAGCAAGAGUCAGGGAACUACAUCGAGAUUCUAUUAUACAGGAAAAAGUACCAGAGGUGUCGAAGACAAGACGUAUACCGUUCGUGCACACGUAUCACCCAAGCACACGUGAUAUUGCUAAAUUAGACCCAGGAGUUUGCCUGUGCUGGGUUUGGAUCAGAAACUGGCAGAUCAUGUACAGACUCAGAAUGGUGUUGUUGGUAACUGUUAUCUAUUGCCACCUACUACUGCUAGCUGGAAGCAGUACAGGAAGUAAACCAAAAUUCAUAAAGAUACCUACAGAUGAAAUUGGUGUUUCAGGCGGCGUAGCUUCUUUUGUAUGCCAAGCAUCGGGAGACCCCAAACCUCGUGUAACAUGGAAUAAGAGGGGUAAAAAAGUGAACUCUCAACGAUUUGAGACUAUAGAGUUUGAUGAGGGAGCUGGAGCAGUCCUGCGAAUUCAGCCUCUACGAACGCCACGUGAUGAGAAUGUAUAUGAAUGUGUUGCUCAGAAUGUACACGGUGAAGAGGUUGUUAGUGCCAAGCUUACUGUUCUCAGAGAGGAUCAGCUCCCUUCUGGUUUUCCAAACAUUGAUAUGGGGCCUCAGUUGAAGGUUGUUGAACGUACAAGAACAGCCACCAUGCUGUGUGCUGCAAGUGGGAACCCUGAUCCUGAAAUAACUUGGUUUAAAGACUUUCUUCCAGUUGAUCCUGCCAGCAGUAACGGGAGAAUAAAACAGCUACGAUCAGAGACCUUUGAAAAUACUCCAAUACGAGGUGCAUUACAGAUUGAAAACAGUGAAGAGACAGAUCAGGGGAAGUAUGAAUGUGUCGCUACCAACAGUGCCGGAGUUCGCUAUUCUUCACCUGCUAAUCUUUACGUGAGAGAGCUACGAGAAGUUCGUCGUGUUGCUCCACGAUUUUCCAUCCUUCCAGUGAGCCAUGAGAUUAUGCCAGGUGGAAAUGUUAACAUUACAUGUGUUGCGGUGGGUUCACCCAUGCCAUAUGUGAAAUGGAUGGUGGGUGCUGAGGACCUAACACCAGAAGAUGACAUGCCAGUGGGGCGUAAUGUUUUAGAACUCACUAAUGUAAAGGAAUCUGCUAAUUACACUUGUGUUGCAAUGUCCAGCCUUGGUGUCAUUGAAUCUGUAGCACAGAUCACAGUAAAAUCUCUUCCUAAAGCACCAGGAACUCCAGUGGUGACAGAAACCACUGCUACCAGCAUCACAGUAACCUGGGACUCGGGAAACCCUGACCCUGUGUCCUAUUAUGUCAUAGAAUAUAAGUCCAAAAGCCAGGAUGGACCUUACCAGAUAAAAGAGGACAUUACUACAACAAGAUACAGCAUUGGAGGACUUAGUCCCAACUCUGAAUAUGAAAUUUGGGUGUCAGCAGUUAACUCCAUUGGUCAGGGGCCCCCAAGUGAACCAGUAGUGACUCGGACUGGAGAGCAAGCACCUGCCAGUGCACCAAGGAAUGUCCAAGGCCGAAUGCUGAGCUCCACUACCAUGGUAAUACAGUGGGAGGAGCCAGUUGAGCCAAAUGGACAAAUUAGGGGUUAUCGAGUUUACUAUACUAUGGAGCCUGAUCAACCAGUCAGCAGUUGGCAAAAAUACAAUGUUGAUGAUAGCCUUAUUACCACUAUAGGAAGCUUACUUGAACAUGAGACAUACACAGUUCGAGUUUUAGCUUUUACCUCAGUUGGUGAUGGUCCUCUUUCUGAUCCCAUUCAAGUGAAAACCCAACAAGGAGUCCCAGGUCAGCCUAUGAAUUUCAGAGCUGAAGCUAAAUCGGAGACCAGCGUCGGCCUUACCUGGAGCCCUCCACGUCAAGACAGCAUUGUAAAGUAUGAGCUUAUCUACAAAGAAGCUGAGCGAGGGAAUGAGAUCAGAAAGACUUUUGAUCCAGCUACUUCAUACACAGUUGUGGGCUUGAAACCCAACACAGAAUAUUUAUUCCGCCUUGCUGCCCAUUCUUCACAUGGCCUUGGAGCCUCGACCUUGGAUAUCAAAGAAAAAACCAUGCAGUCCAAACCGUCUGCCCCCCCUCAAAAUAUAAAGUGUGUCAGCACAAAGUCAACCACAAUACUGGUAAGUUGGCUACCACCUCCAGUUGAAAGUCAAAAUGGUGUUCUGGCUGGAUACAGUGUAUGCUACUCUGCUUUGGACUCUGAGGACACCAGACCAAAAGAAUUGAAGAACAUCCCCGCACAAACCACCCAGAUCUUGCUGGACGCACUGGAGAAGUGGACCAUGUAUCGUAUUACAGUAGUGGCGCACACUGAGGUUGGACCUGGCCCUGAAAGCCCACCUGUUGACAUACGAACUGAUGAAGAUGUGCCCAGUGCCCCACCACGUAAAGUAGAGGUGGAGGUACUCAACUCAACCUCCAUUAAAGUGUUCUGGCGUUCUCCAACACAAAAUCAGCAACAUGGCCAGAUUCGUGGGUACCAAGUUCAUUAUGUUAGAAUGGAAAAUGGAGAGGCAAGUGGAUUGACCUCGAUAAAAGAUGUUAUGUUGGCUGAUGCUCAGUGGGAAAUGGAUGAUACAGCUGAAUAUCAACAUUCACAGGAAAUGAUAGUAUCUGGUCUCCAACCAAAAACGUCUUAUUCCAUAACAGUUGCUGCUUACACCCUGAAAGGGGAUGGAGCUCGCAGCAAACCCAAAAUUGUGACUACAAAAGAUGCAGUUCCUGGGAAACCUGAUCUUUUUGUUCAUCAGACUUCAGACAGUAGCCUCCUUGUAGAAUGGGAACCACCAAGGGAGUCUGAGGGACAUGUCUUUGGAUAUCGGCUUCAAUUUGGACGCCAAGAUGCUAUUCUUCUUUCCACAUUAGAGUUUGGAGGACUAGAAAAAAAGUACCUUGCCACAAAUAUUCAUAAAGGAGCCACAUACAUUUUUAAAAUGGCGGUAAAGGGCCGGGUGGGCUUUAGUGAGGAAGUUGUGAAAGAAUUUAUUGUUCCAGAAGAUGCACCCAAAGGUUUUCCACAACUAAUUGAAAAAGGAAAUGUCACCUCUAUAUCUAUCCAGUUGAACUGGUUGCCUCCAGUCCUGGCAGAACGAAAUGGUGUUAUAACUAAAUACACUCUAGCUUAUCGGAUAGCUGGCUCUUCAGAAAAACCCUGGGAAAUGGACCUGCCAUCCUCAGACAGCUCUUUCAUUUUGACUGAUCUCAACCCAAACACUGUUUAUGAAGUUAAAAUACGUGCACACACGAGUAAAGGUCCUGGUCCUUACAGUCCAACAGUCCAGUACCGCACUUUCCUAUUGGAUCAAGUUUUGCCAAAAAAUUUCAAAGUCAAGAUGGUCACAAAGACUUCAGUCCUACUCAGUUGGGAAUUUCCUGAGAACUACACUUCAAUGAUGCUAUACAAAAUUCAAUACAAUAUCCAGACUGUGGAGGUUGAUGGAAGAACCACAAAGAAAUUAAUCACUAACCUCAGACCAAAAACACAUUAUAGCUUUAUUCUCACCAAUCGUGGCAACACUCUGGGUGGUCUUCAGCAAACUGUUGCUGCUCGCACUGCUCCUAAUAUGUUGGGUCAGAAACCCAUGGUAACCAGAAAACCUGAUCCAGAUGGUAGCAUCACGGUUCUACUUCCUGAAGUAGAGACAUCCGAGCCAGUCAGGAUCUAUUACAUUGUUGUUGUACCUUUGAAAAAAUCUCGCGAUCAUUUCUUAAACCCCUGGGGGAGCCCUGAAGAAAUGGACCUAGAAGAACUGAUUCAGAGCAUUCCAAAAGUUUAUCGUCGCAGCCUUCGUCAUUUGUUGCAUUUGGAGUUUCCCAAACCUUAUAUUGCUGCUGGCUUUCGCACACUUCCUGGUCAUUUUACUCUUGGAGAUCAAAAGAUUUAUUAUGGCUUUGAGAACAAAGCUUUGGAAAUUGGACAGAAAUAUGUUUUCUUCCUACUGGCCAUGUUAGAAGGCGCAGAGGCGAAGAUGUUUGCUGCAAGUCCGUAUUCUGAUCCCAUUCAGCUAGAUGAUCCGGAUCCUCAACCAAUCAUUGAUGGAGAAGAGGGUCUCAUAUGGGUUAUUGGACCUGUUCUUGCAGUCGUGUUUAUCAUAUGUAUUGUCAUUGCAAUUCUUCUCUACAAAAACAAACCAGACAGCAAAAGGAAGAAUUCAGAUCCCAGGACAAAAUGUUUACUGAAUAAUGCAGAAAUUGCACCCCACCACCCAACUGAUCCAGUGGAAAUGAGACGUGUUAACUUCCAAACUCCAGAUUCUGGUCUCAGCAGUCCCCCCAGUGACCAUGAGUUUGACUAUGAAAGUAUGCUUAAUCAUCCACCUAUCCCAAUUGCUGAUCUUUCCGAACACACAGAACAUCUGAAGGCAAAUGAUAACCUUAAGUUAUCUCAGGAAUAUGAGUCUGUUGACCCUGGGCAGCAGUUCACCUGGGAGCACUCAAAUCUUGAAGUAAACAAGGCCAAAAAUCGUUAUGCUAACGUUAUUGCCUAUGAUCAUUCUCGAGUUAUCCUCCUUCUAGUGGAAGGAAUUAUUGGCAGUGACUAUAUCAAUGCCAAUUAUAUUGAUGGUUAUCGAAAACAGAAUGCAUAUAUUGCAACACAGGGAGCACUCCCUGAAACAUUUGGAGAUUUCUGGCGAAUGGUGUGGGAGCAACGUUCUGCUACAGUCGUUAUGAUGACAAAAUUGGAGGAGAAGUCCAGGAUAAAAUGUGACCAGUACUGGCCAAGUCGAGGAACAGAGACAUAUGGAAUGAUUCAAGUAACCCUUCUGGACACUAUUGAGCUAGCAACAUUCUGUGUUCGAACCUUUUCUUUACAUAAGAGUGGUUCAAGUGAAAAAAGAGAGGUGCGUCAGUUUCAGUUUACUGCAUGGCCUGACCACGGAGUGCCAGAAUAUCCAACACCAUUUCUUGCAUUUCUAAGAAGAGUAAAAACCUGCAAUCCCCCUGAUGCUGGGCCAAUUGUGGUGCACUGCAGUGCUGGAGUGGGGCGGACUGGUUGCUUUAUUGUUAUUGAUGCUAUGUUGGAGAGAAUAAAACAUGAAAAGACAGUUGAUAUCUAUGGGCACGUGACACUGAUGCGAUCACAGAGGAAUUAUAUGGUGCAAACAGAGGAUCAGUACAGCUUCAUCCAUGAUGCCUUGCUAGAGGCUGUGGCCUGUGGAAAUACUGAGGUGCCAGCACGAAAUCUGUAUACAUAUAUCCAAAAACUAGCUCAGAUUGAAGUGGGUGAACAUGUUACAGGCAUGGAACUGGAAUUCAAGCGACUUGCCAAUUCAAAAGCUCAUACAUCCAGAUUCAUCAGUGCAAACCUUCCAUGUAACAAGUUUAAAAAUCGCCUUGUUAAUAUCAUGCCAUAUGAAACUACACGUGUUUGCCUCCAACCAAUCAGAGGUGUGGAGGGAUCAGACUAUAUCAAUGCAAGCUUCAUUGAUGGAUACAGGCAACAAAAAGCAUACAUUGCAACUCAAGGUCCACUUGCUGAGACCACUGAAGAUUUUUGGAGAAUGCUUUGGGAAAAUAAUUCCACCAUUGUUGUAAUGCUAACAAAACUUAGAGAAAUGGGACGAGAAAAGUGCCACCAAUACUGGCCAGCAGAACGUUCGGCUCGAUACCAAUAUUUUGUAGUGGAUCCAAUGGCUGAAUACAACAUGCCUCAGUAUAUCCUUAGGGAAUUCAAGGUUACAGACGCCAGGGAUGGUCAGUCUCGCACAGUGCGUCAGUUCCAGUUCACAGAUUGGCCAGAACAAGGAGUGCCAAAAUCAGGAGAAGGCUUUAUUGACUUUAUUGGACAAGUGCACAAGACAAAGGAGCAGUUUGGUCAGGAUGGCCCCAUAUCUGUACAUUGCAGUGCUGGAGUUGGAAGGACUGGCGUAUUCAUUACUCUAAGCAUAGUACUGGAGAGGAUGCGUUAUGAAGGCGUUGUAGAUAUUUUCCAGACAGUGAAGAUGCUGAGGACACAAAGACCAGCUAUGGUACAGACAGAGGACGAAUACCAGUUUUGCUAUCAAGCUGCUCUGGAGUACUUGGGAAGCUUUGAUCACUAUGCAACAUAAGAAGCCAUUGAUUGGCGGAUUCUGCCAACCACUCAAGUCUAGUGCAGCCUCUGCUGACCCUUUUUAAAGAGCCUGAACAUAAAUUCAAAAAAUCCAAGAAUUUCUGCACCAGGGAAGGGUGGGUGGUCAAAUAAUUUCUAAAGACUCAACAUUGGAACUCCUUGGUGUUAAGAAACCUUUCAGGACUUGCAAGGUCAAAUCUGCUUUAAGCUACUUGUGGGCUACUAAGCAGUGUUCUUACCUUGGACGGUUAAAGUGUUGCCAGCUGAUCUUAAUAUCUCAUGUAGUUUGGAACAAAGGAAGUGAAGACAUUCUGUUGUGUUCUAGAGAUUCAUUUUGUUUUAUACAUUUAAAGUUUGAAGUUUAAAAGAGUUCUAUAAAGAAGGAGCUCCAUACUUUCUAUGAUAGUGUCUUAAUCUAACAAGAAUCCCUCAUAACAGACCACUAGUGCAAACUAGGGUACUGAUUCACUAACACUGAUUAUCUGAGCUCAGAAUGCUUUUUCUUGACUUGCAGCAUUCCUUACAUUUUAAUUCAGCUUUUUUUCCCCAAAAUUAGUUGCUAAAAGUUCAUGCCCCUUAUCUUUUAAAAUUCUUGAAUAUAUGAGAUAUACAAAUGUACUGUAUCCUAAGUGACAUACAACAGGAUUGAAACGGGAAUCUACUUCUACCUUGUGGAACAAGCUUCCAUAUAUUUUCUGACAAUGUCUCACUUUCUGCAUUUCCCUACCCAUGGAUGUAGUCCAGAAUCCAAGUGCCGCUUGUAUAAUAAAUAUCCAGAAAGAUGUUUUGACUGUAUGCCAGUAGCUUGAUUUAUAGUAUUGUUGUAUCUGUAUCCAAGUGAAAUUAACUAGUCCAGGUUUUUAUACUGUAUUACCCAAUCCCUCUUUUUUAAGCGAAUUGUCAAUGAAAUUAAGAGAAAUGUGGUACUGCUCAUUUUCUGUUCAAAGUCUAUUUUUUCACUGUAGAGAUGUUUAUGUGAUGCCUACAAUGUAUACAGUUUUAGCUGCUCCUUAUCAUCAUGAUUUUGCUCUGCUAGAAAGAGUUGAACCAAUCAGAAGUUUUCAGCUUUCUUUCAUUUGGCUGUCAUGAUUGUCACAUAAUGGCAAAAUCUAAAGAGAGCAACUAGCCCGGGGUGGGACAUGCUAUUUUAUUACAGAAAUAAAAUAUCUAGACAGAACAUAUGACUAUUUUCAUUAUGCCGUACCGUAGGGAGGUCAUUUGAAAAUAUGCUGUGGACAAUACAGUGAAAAAUAAUUCACACAGCUUCUUGCCCUACAGGGAUCUACUUUGUGCUAUAUUUGUUCUUAGCAGCAUUUUGUUUAACCUAAUCUAACAUUAUUACAGUUUAAAGGGCAAAUAAAGCUACAACGAAGAACAUAUAUCAUUAUGGGAUGUAUUAUCUAGAAUGCCUUUGACUUGGGGUAUUCCAGAUAAAGGUUUUUUUUCUGUAAUUUGGAGUGCCAUAUGGCUACUAAAAAGCAAACCUGUCAGAAUUUGUUGUGUUUAAAAAGAACUCCAGUGGAAAUUGUAUAAUGGUAUGAUAAAUAAAUCCUAUACCUGUAUAACGCUGAGAAAAUAAAGGCUAAAUAUUUGGGGAUAAUUGCCACUUUUAAAGGUCGAAUUGUGUCAACAUGUUGGAUUCCUUACCAGUAAAUUAUAACAUGGCUACAUCUAAAACAUGAAAUUUAAAGGAUGACCUUCUAGAAACUGUACAUUUUCUUUGUAAAGAUUGAAAUGCAAACUGUUGCCACUUUCCAACUGUAUUUGGAAGAGAAACCAAAUGUGGUUUGUAAACCACAAUGUAUGUAGAUAUAUAACCUUUUUAUUAAAGGAAGACUGAAAAACAAA